AUGGGUGACCUCUGGGGACUUCUGCUUUUGCUCCUGUGUCUGACAACCUUCCAUGGGGUCAAAAGCUGUUUGGAGUGUGACCCCAAAUUCAUAGAGGAUAUUAAGGCCAUUUUGGGAGGUCUGGUACCCACAGAAGUCCCUGGGCGAAUUCAACUGCUUGAGCGACAGUAUAAGAAGAUAACUGGCUUAAGCUUCAAGGUCUCCCACAGUGAAAAGGAGUUUCGGUUGUUGGCUGUUCGAGAUGUUAACAAGUUGAGAAUGUGGCUGAAGGAUGAAUAUUACAGACUGGGCAAUGACACAUGGAAAGGUGCAUUCAUCUUUCAAGGCAGGCUUAUUGAGGUCCGCCAUAACCUGGAAUCCAAAAUGAAAGAGGCAUUAAAGAGUUUCUCUGAAGUUGCUUGCUCAGAAGAUUGCAUCACCAGUGAAGGUCCCAUUCUUGAUUGCUGGUCUUGUCUUCGCAUUUCCAGGAAGUGUUUCAAGGGAGACUAUUGUGGAGAUGAAAAUAUAAAGAAGGCUGAGAAUCAAGAGACUGCACUAUUUCUGAUAUUGCUGGCAGAAGUUGUAAUAUUGGCAAGUGCUGUGUUACUAUUCCAUUUUUGUAUCUCGCAUCGGAGGAAAAUGAAAGUAAUCCGAAGGACACUAAAAAAAUAUUUGGAAAAGAAACUUGAAGAUUUGUUGGGUGUUGCAGAUAAGGAAGAGGAGAAAACAUAUCUUGAACCCAAAAAUUAA